AUGGCGCCUUCUUCCGGCGACUUUCCACCAGUUACAACUUCUUCAGGGGAAUCACGACGUGGAUCUCUUUGCGUGUCGAACGACGCACCUCCUGCCAAAGUAUGUGGCACGUCACUUGGACCCCGGCGCAAUAGCGGUAGACGCGAUGGGUCUUUCUUGGAGUUGCUUUCGUCGCCACUGGAUUCAUCCCCCAUGGUCGAUGAUUCUCAAGGUUCUAUGCAAGAUUGCCCGCGAAGGCGAGACAGCGACGGUAGUGGUGCCGUAUUGGCCGGCGGCGCUUUGGUUUCUUCUGCUACGGCAAAUGGCGACCCGUCCUCCUCUUCUUCUCAAUCCUCGGCGUCACAUCCAGCUGACUUCUCCAUCCGCUCGCUCCCCAUGAACAAAUCUGCGCUGGAAGCUCAGCGUGUGGCAAGUAUCCGGCGAAGAUUUGCAGGGCGUGGCUAUUCGCCCGCGCCUUUAGAGGCCAUAUGUGCCCCACUACUUUCUAGAUCGUCGACGAAUCUCUCUUAUUUGGGUGGCCAACUACGUUUCGUCAUGUGGGCCUCACGCGUCGGCGUUGAUAUCAACUCUUUUUCGGCAGUUGAUUUGGUGAAUAUUUUGUCUUUGGCUCAUCAACAAGGUUACAGUGCAAAUACGAUAUUAUUGUUCAAGACGGCGGUCCUGGUUUUUCAUUGCAACCCUGGAUCUAUUCGAAAGGACCUUGGAUUAAAACGCUUGCUAGAUCGUAUUAAGGUGACAGCACCACCACGACCAUUGACUCAUCCCUCCUUCGAUAUCACUCCUACCUUAAUUCACUUGUCACAAUUAACAUCUACAGCGUCAACACCACUGAUUAAGCUGAACCAGAAGACCGCCUUCUUGCUCGGUACCGCGGCCUUUCUGCGACCAUCUGACCUUCAUCGCAUUGAUUUGACGAUGCUCAAGACCGAUUGCAUUUGUGCAUUGUGA